AUGCUCCACAGGUCAAGAGCUGGCACUGCUGCCUUCAAAUUUGUGUAUUUGAUGAUAAUGGGCGACUUCCACAUCGACUCAAAGGCUCUGAAAGCAACGCAAAAACUGGCAAUACAAUUCGUGAAGACCGUUUUAUCUAAUCAAGAUGAUUUCAUGUGGAAAAUAAGAAAGGUGGUUCGAGCUGCAUAUCAAGUCCGUUUCAAGACCACUCCUGGUGUAUUUAAGAUGUUGAAUGAUUUUGGGGGGCAAACCGCUUCGAAAAUGCAAGAUUUUGAAACAAAUGAGGCAGCGAAGGAAUAA